CACCACUGUCACCAGGGUACGUCAUCUGUACCAGUAGGCCUACUAACGACAAAAUGGCGUUUGAUGUGAAAAAUUCGUGCUCAUUUCCUGGUGUGGGCGAAAUUCGUUUCAAACUGGUUCUUUCAAAUUAACUGUGUUCUUCUUAUAGAUAUAAACGAACAAAGAUACCCGGUAAGCUUAGAUAGUGUUUUAAUUGAACAUUUUUGGUAUUUUAUUGUAAUUAUUCAUUUCAUUUGCUGGUACGGGUCGAGCAGGCCUAUAGCCUAUAAAGUAUAAAUACAAUUACAAUUCAUUGAAUUCAUCAUUCGAUGUAGUGAUGUCUACAGUGUACAGUAGUUAAUAAAUAAUUAUUAGUAGGCCUAUAUGUAUCAUUAUGAUUGUUCUUAUUAUCUGAAUAACAGACAUUAAUGAUUAACUAGCCUAAGACUAAAUACUGUGUAAAUUUAGUAAAUAAAGUGGUUUGAAUUGCAAUGGAUCAUUGAAGUGGCUAUGGUUCUGGUAGUACUACAUUCCACAACUUAUUUUUUUCUUGGUCAGUAUCCAGUGGGCUGAGUUGGGGGGGGGGGAUAAUUUGUUGAGGAUUCUUUCCACAGCUGCCUUACAGAGAUUUAGUAAAUAAAGUGGUUUGAAUUGACAUGGAUCAUUGAAGUGGCUAUGGUUCUUGUAGUACUACAUUCCACAACUUAUUUUUUUGUUGGUCAGUAUCCAGUGGGCUGAGUUGGGGGGGGGGGGAUAAUUUGUUGAGGAUUCCUUCCACAGCUGCCUUACAGAGCUACUGCUGAGUUCAUUCGACCAUUCAUUAUCCAUUAAAUUUUAAAUAAAGUGUGUAAUUUAAACCUGCAACAUUGUGAAAGUAGACCAUGUCCAGCAUCAUACAGAUAUUAUCAGAACAAAGAUAUAUAGGGUAUUUGUCUAUACACAAUUUGUCAAAAACAAUAUUUCAUCUUUGACUGGCUAAAUUGGCUAUCAAUAGUCUGCACAGGACGUUUUUCAGUUAUUACUUUUGAAGUUAUGCUAUGCACUCUUACAUUCUAUUACUAUUAUUUUAUUUUAUAAUAACAAAAUUCUGACAUACUUUUAACAAUUCUAUUUUUAGUUAAAAUGGAAGAUUUUCCAGCAGCGUUAGUUAUUGCCAGCCGUGAAUCUGUGUGUCAGAACAACAAUGUUUUGUACCGUCUGGUGAGACCCCUAGCAGAUGGUUCAGGUGUAGAGUCAGUGGACAGACUUGUCAAUGUUGUUCCUCACAGAAGGUUAGCCAUGUAUCAUAGAUAGAUUUUUAAGAUAAUUCAGUUAGUUUGUAGUAUUAUACUCAUUAUUUUAUUUUGUUCAUAGGUCAAAAUUUAAAUCGAUUACUUAAUUGGGGCUUUAAGAUUUAAUUGACUUUAUGCUGAUUUAUUUAUUUCAGAACUUACUGCAUGGAUAGAAAAAAAGAGAUUGACGAUUUUAGACAUGAGAUUUUGAGACGUCCGCUUGUACUGCAACCUAUUCUACACUUUGGUCGAGGGAUAGGACAUUAUUGUGGCGCCUGCUACACAGAUGGUAAUACAUUUGAUAAAAUUUUUACCCUUUUUAUGAUAUUUCAUAAGAACUUUAGACAGUUGUGUAAUGUGAUGCCAUAUAUUCACCUGCAUAAAUGAAUUUCAAUUUUUAAUAUCUCUAGAAUUAAGAGUUGUAGAACUAUAGUUUUGGUUUAUAUUUUUUUUUUCAAUUUUAGAACCUUGGCUUGUUAUGAUAAACCAGACCCACCCUAAAAUUCUCAGCCGGCUUCAGAUGGGUCUAGAUUUAGCCAAAGGUGCGAUUGAGCGGGGACAAUCUGUUGAAAUAAGGGUAAGCACAGUUAAGCAGGGCUAAUAAUGGUUAUUCUGUAAUAUCUUAUGAAAUGUUGGCAUGUUUUUUAAGCAAGGAGGCCAAAAUGUAACUGUUAUAAUAAAAAUCAAUGUUUAUCCUUGCAGUACUUUGAGAAUACUAUAAUUACAUUAAUUUUUGAAAAGGUAUAAAAUACAAUUUCGAAUUCAAUAAAUUAAUUAUCCUAAGAUUUACUUUAAGCGCUAUUAGAAUUUCCUGUGAUAUGUUUUUUAAUAUUAACAUGUCUAUUUUUGUGUUUAAUUCUUUAUAUUAAUUGACCUCCAUCAGUUCCAGUUUGGAGAUAUUGUCCAAAGAGUGUACAGAGAGCAUCUAAAACAGAAGGAGUUGAAUGAAGCCCUGGAGUCUCUCAGUGGCAUUGAUGACUGCUUAGUUAAUUUCCGCUUUGCUGAAUGGGAGCACUGUGACCUAGUUGUCAGAUCACAUGGCUAUGGAGCCAGGCUCAACAGGACUUCUCCAUUAUAUGCCUUACGGGUUGGUCCCUUUAUUUAUUGUUUUCUAUUUAAGCGCUGUUCAUAGAAUAUUCAUCUAUAGGAAUAUGUAGAGUAAAUUUAAAUGAAAGAUCUCUUGAAUCAAACUUAGCAUAGUAAGGUUAAUGUUUCCAUUUUGGGUUGUCAAUUAUUCUAUUUCCUUUGUUAAAAUCUUAUUUAUCAAUUGUAUUAGAGGAGCAGAAUUAUCAAACUGAUCAAAGCGUUUAUUCUCCAUAUAUUGUAUGGUUGAAUAAACCAUAAAAUCUGUAAGGGGUACUGUUAACGGCUUGGUUGAUGAUCAGUUUGGAUCACAUUAUUAUUUCUUCUGAAUCGAAGAGGCUAAUUGUUGCUUAUUGAAUAAUGAACGCAGGAACUCGUUGAGUAAAAUGUAUAUAAUGGUACCUAAAUUUAUUAGUAAAAGUAAUAAAGAUAUGCCAGUUUAAAAGAGAUUAUGAAUAAUGUUGUAUCCAGUGUCUCUAAUUUAUUUUUAUUUCACCCCCAUCCCCCCUCAAUGUUGUAGAAUUUAGAGUUCACCUGGAAAUUUGAAGACAUUGGUAUGCAUGAAAUGGUUUGGAGUCAAUAUGAUGGUCAAAGGUACCCGAAACCUCAUCUUUCACCUGUCACUGAAGGUGGGUAGUUUAUUACGUUAUAAUUUUAUAAACAGUUAAAAUAGCUGAUCAGUAGAAACUUUAUUCCAUUUUAUAUCUUGUUUUUAUUAAAUUCUUGUUGGUAUUUCAUUAACAAUGUUUGUUUUUUUAAAUUGCACUUCAGAUGAAAUAAGAACCAUUCUACCUGCCUGGACAAUCAACUCUGUGUCCCCUCUGGCAGAAAUGGGGGAGGAUGUACCUGAACACAAUUACAGCUAUGCACAAGCUGGUCGUCUCUAUGAGAGUUUUAGAAAGAAAAAGCGCCAACGAAACACCCCGUUGGCUGAACCUCAUCACAGAGCUACACCUCAGACAAUUAAUCAUGAGGAAGAGCUUCAAGGGGCGGUGGGCUAUGACUCUAAUUAUGGAUACUCGGAAGUAGAAUAUAAUGAUGUCAAUGAUCAUGAGGUUGAUAGAGAUCCAUCUUUAUAUGCAUAUCAGAAUGCUAGAGUGCUUAAUGGUGAAAAAGACAGGGGCUAUGAAAAAUCCAGUUCAUAUGAACAUUACGGCAGACAGCAUCAGCCUUAUUCUCAUUAUGACUCUGGUGUAGAGGAUGAGAUCGCAGGUGAUUGGGAAAAAAGUGGGGAAAAUAAGAGGCAGGAAACUCAUAAUACACAGAGUGACGAGCCUCUUCGAUCACCUGCCUAUGCAGAUAAACAUGGACACUUCAAUGCUGCAGUGGAAAUAAAAAAGCCACCGCCACGCUCUAAACAUCAUAAUGGAAAUUAUUAUGAUGUAGCUAAGUCACUUUAUGAUAGGCCGGGUACUGCUGUAGACUAUCAUGGAUAUUCUGGACCACUAAAGAAACAGGAUAGUGACCGAUCCUCACGGUCUACCAAUGCUGACAGUGGAUACAGUCCUGAAACAGAAGGAGUGCGCUCCAGGGAAGAUUCUUACGACUACAAUGAUCAUUCAUACAAAUCAAACGUAAAACAAGACUAUAAUGUGAAGGACUCAGUUCCACUGAAGCGCAUGGCUGAGCCCCCUGUUGGUUUGGAUAACCCAGCAUUUAAUAACAAUAACCAAGAUGCAUUACAACGACACAAAGACAUGGUUUCCCAAAUUCUUCAUGAGAAAAAUUCUCAGAAAUCCAGUGGCUACAAUUCAGGUUACCCAUCUGAUUAUAACUCUAUAGCGCAUAAGUCCCCAGUGAUUUUAUCAGCUAAAGACUUGUCAAAUAGAAAUGAGAGAACAGCACCGCCUAAACCAAGUCGAUCAAGUCAAGGAACUGUAAGGACUGCCCAGGUAGCUGAGAGUUUUAUAUAAUAACAUUACAUUAUUUUUGUCUUGUUGUUGCUAUGUUGGGAGUAAAUUUGUGUGAAAUCUUAAAAUCUUGUGACAAAUGAAGCAAGACAUGCACUGAUGGCAGCAUACAAAAUACAUUUUGUUAUUCACAUUGAAGGGAAGUUCAAGUUAAGUCUUCAAUUUUUCUGUACCUUUUUUAUUAUAUAAUGUAAAUCUGAUCCAUAAAGAUUUUUUGUGUUUCCUAACAAAUAUACAUGUACCGGUACUGACUAUGCAAUGUUGAAUCAUCUUUUAUUUUUAUUUUUUUUGUGAUCUCAUCUUGAUCCAAGAGAUAUUUAAUUUACCAGGAGAAGUUACCCUUCAAUUUUAAAAGAUAAUUGUUUCAUAGUGUGUCUUUUAAUAGCCAGGUGUUCUUCUUAAGUGUGAUGAGGCUUAUCGAAUCAAUUUUUAAAUUGUCUGUUCUGUCCUAAAGCAGUAACAAAGGUUCAUGUUUUAACUAAAACAGAAAAUGAAUUGGAUGAAUUGUUUCCUAAUCAUUGAGAAAUAAGAUAAUAGUAUUUUUAAUAUUUUUGUAUUCAAAAUAACUUUUUUGUUGUGUCUCUCUUAAAAAUCUUGCACAAUAAUUUAUUAAAUUGAUGACAGACAUAAAUUAUUCAUUACAUAGCAGAUUGCAUUGUAGCAGUUUAAAAAAUAUGUUUGCAAAUCUUUGAAGCAAUAAUUUUUAUAUACAUCUUUAAUUAUUUUUGUAAGCAAUAAAUUUAAGAAUUUAAAUAAAAUUUGAAAUUAUCCAGAAUAAUAUGUUUUUUUUUAAAAUAAUUGUACUUUUCACUUUUGCUAUUGUAAGAUAAAACAAUCCAUGCCUUAUGUCUCCAAAGAUUAACUUUUUAUUCAAGACAUUUAUCAAAUAUAACUUUUUUUAUAUGACAAUGACAUUAUAAAUACUGGAUUCAUUAUGUUAAAUAACAGCAGUUUUAUAGUUAUUUUAUUAAAGAAUUAUUAUUGUCAUAAUAAUGUGUUUAUGCUGUCAAUAACAUUGUAUUUUGUUUUAAAAUGACAAGUUAUCAAUCAUUUUAAUUUCAUUUAUCUUUUUAUGAAGUGAAUUAUUGGUACAAACAUUUUAAAAAUGCAUCAAGUCUAACAAGCUGAUCUGAAGUUAUUGAAACCAUUAUUUGAUAGAACCACCUUUUGAGCCUAUUAAUAAUAGAAUGAAUUUUAUAAUUGAAUAUUUGUCUUUUUCUUAGGACUUAACUACAUUCUAGAUCACCUAUUUCAUCUAUAUUUGAAAUAUUCUUUUCACGAAAGCUGUUUUUCAAGUACCCUCUAAGACUUCUAGAUUUCAUUAGUUAACUAAAAUACUUGAGCUCAUUGUAACCUCAGGAUUAUAUCAAAGCCAUAAUGUUGCAACUUUUCUUUUGGGGCUCUGAUUUUCAACACAGAAUUGCUUGUUUAAUUACUAAAUACACAUAUUUUAUAAGAAUUUUCAGUUGUUCAUAAUUAAAAUCAAAUGACCACAUUUUGAUGUCCUCGAGUCAUAUUGCAUGGGAUUGAACAAAAACCUCAAGACUUCUUUGGCUUAGUCUUAUUUAUAAGAUUUUCUUCCUUUUUUUUUUGUGUAAAAGUAAUAUUUUAUCAUGAAACUUUGCCUUAAAGUUGGAUAGAUAUUAUUUUUUUUAAAAAUGUAUACAAAAUCCUAAACCAU